AUGAGUUUGUUAGUUGAAAAUAGAAAAUACUCCGACGACCGUGGAUUUCGAAACGUCCAUGUCCAUAAAAUCUCAGACGUCGUUCUCAUCGAAGAGUCGUUAAACCGUCUAAACCUCGACGACGAUUAUACCGAUACGGGCGCAAGCGAUCUGAAGUUCGAAACCGAUAAGGAACAUGCGGAAAACCAGGAGAGGAUCAAUGAUAAUGUUAUAGCAAUUUAUAUUGAGAAACCUGACAUUCAGCAGAGCAACAAAGCUACACAAAAUGUGAAAAGAAAAGCUUCAUGCAGGCGAGAGAGUAGUACCAGGGGUGAGUUUUCUCAAGAAAGUUUCGACGGGUCAGAGGUCAAAGGUGACGAUUUGUUGGCCAGGGGUAAGGAUAAUAAGAAGAGUAAUAAAAAUUCAAACAAGCCAUACGACAAAGUUGAUGAUGGUAAAGUUGAAUUUCAAAAUCAAGAAAUUAGACCGCAACAGCAGCAACAACGUCUGCAACAACUUCAGCAGCGAGAUUACCAACAACAACAGCAGCAGCAGUGGCAGCAGCCAAUGCAUCAGUACGAACAACAACAUCAUCAACAACAAAGCACGCAACAUAAAAACAACAACAACUACUACUACUCUUCGUGCGUAUACCAAACUCCAGUUACCGUAAAUGAUUACAACAAAACGGCAAACAACUUCACAGGAGGUUACGUGAUAAUAAACCCUACGGAUCAGCAGUUGUUGACUGAUUUCUGUCCCGACAACAACAACUACAUUGAUGCUAACAACAAUUACAUCAACGAAAACCUCAACAACAUCAACAGCUUAACCAACAGCAGCAGUAUCAAAAUUGAAAACAUAAAUGGCAGCAACUAUUACCAGCAGCUGAAUGCAGCUUCGAGCUAUGUGCAGCAACUGAUGCAACCGCAACAACGACAGCCACAGCAGCAACAACCACGGCAACAAAAUUAUUGUCAACCGCCACAAAAUUUACAUUGUCAACAGCAACAACAACAACAACAUUACUACCAACAUCAAGAUCAGCAGCCGCAACAACAUGAGAUACAACGCCGUCCAUCUCAGUUCGAUGUUAUGAAUUCAUCUGACCAAGUUUUCUAUUCAAACAGUACCAUUGCACCGUCCAACAACAAUGGAACCUGCAUCAACAACAACAUCAUCAACAACAACAACAGCAGCAACACAUUUCAUCAAAGCAAACACGUAUGCGACAUUUAUGAUCCAAAUACUGCAACAACACACAAGCAUGUAACAGCACACAACAGUAACAUUUACUUCGAUUCACUGGGUGCUAACAUUAAUUGUGACAUCAACAACAACUACAUCAACAGCAACUACAACAUCAACAACAAUAACGGCUACUACAUUAACGACAAUAUUAAAAAUAGUGUUGAUAACAAUAACAAUGGCAGAAACGUUCUUACUCACAACAUCGACCACAGCAAAAACGCUAGCAUCAACAAACCUAACACCACUAACAACAACAACAGCAACAAUAACAACACAUUAACAAAGCUACCACUAAUUUCUCCACCAUCACAAUUUCAGCGCCCAGUCACAGCAGCCGCUAGCAAAACUUCAUGCCAGUCUCUGCCAUUUGAACGUUCACCAUCUUCCGGAUAUGCCGGAAGCUGCAACGAUGCCGAAAGCCAAUCCCCGAAAAGUGAAUUCGAAGAAUUUUUAGUGAAAUCUGAAUUGAUGCAAGAAUUGGAGAAGGCGCUGCAUAAUGAGUGCAGUGAUGACGAGGUACCUAGCGAAGUGUUGACCUGGAGUAAUGAAAAGGAUGACAAUGACAUCAACAACAUCAACGUCAGCAACAAUAUGGCCGCCAACGAUGACGUAAUAGAUUUAAUUUGCAAUGGAGUCGAUGUUGAUGGAGUUGUUGCUGAUGUUGUUGGUACGGAAUUUGAGAACUUUCCAUACUUUCCAGUCCUUACUCACGAGGAUACGACAAAGUUUUUCGAUGAUUUGGAAAAAAAAGAUAAUGCCCAACACGUGAGGUAUCUCGCCUACCUGAAGAACGACUGCAAGUACCUCAGCCCUAUACCUGCCGAAGAAAAUUUAAUAUGGCAUAGAAAACUGGCAUCAAUGACACUGAACGACAUCAUGAGAUGUGAUGGAGAUGGAGACACAACACUCAUGCAGGCAGCUCUUAAAUGUGAGUACGAAUUCGUGAAACCGCUCAUUGAUAGGUACCUGAGAGAGGGCAAGCUCUCUGACCUCAUCAACCGCAAGAACGUCUAUGAUAAGAGUGCCUUAUUUUAUGCCGUAGUCUCAAAAAAACCGGCUGUUACAAGCUUACUAAUAAGCGUAGGGGCAGAUACGAACAUCACAGUGAAACUUUCCUCUUCCAACGUGUCCGGGUUCAAAUACACGUCUCUCCUUGGAUUUUGCAUUGGAAUGAUUAACAAGGACGGGCUUGGUAUUGGGACGUUGAUUGAACUGUUGAGGGCACCUGACCUAAAUGUUAAUGUUUCUGAUUCGGAUGGCUGCACGCCGCUGCAUAUCGCCAUCAACAAAUUUGUCGAGAAGCCCGCCACAUUCGCCGCAAUAAUUGAGCACCUCAUCAUGAGAGGCGCCGAUAUCAGCGCCCAGAACACGAAAGACGAGAGGACGCCUCUCCACUAUGCCCUCCUGACGGGGCACUACCACCUCCUCCUACAUUUUCUCGCCUCCGUCAAAAAGUGCUACCGGCACGAAUCUAAAUCUAAAAUAAGGAACAUGCUGAACCCGUGCUACGGUUUCAACGCCUUGAAGACCGUCUACGAGUUGAAUUUUUUAGAUGUGGAGAGUAAGAAUAUGAUGAUAAAGUUAUUGCUACUACACGGGUGCGAGUUGAACCAGAGAAGUCCUAAUGUUGCCUUAAGAAAGGAGUUGAUGAAUAACCCCGAGAUCGCCGAGAUCAUCAAAAAAAUGACUGCGAAGAAAAAAUCAUCCAACAACAACAACAUCAUCAACAACAACAUCAGCAGCAGCAACAUCAACAACAACAACAACAGUUAA